AUAUUAUACAUGACUUUUUAAGUUGAAUAAGUUUACAAAUUGAUUUGCAUCGUCUAUCAAAAAAAGAUUCCAAUCAUGAAAGAAAGUCCCACUUUGAGAAGAUAUUCCAUGGAGGCCUCACGGCAACCUCAAGUGUUCAUCAACUUCCGGGGAAGUGAACUACGGUAUACCUUUGUCUACUAUCUCAGGACGGCCUUGGUAAAAAACGGGAUCAACGUUUUUACAGACAACAUGGAGCCGAAAGGCCGUAACCAGAAAAUUUUAUUCAAGAGAAUCGAAGAGUCGAAGAUCGCACUGGCGAUUUUCUCCUCAAGGUAUACGGAGUCAAGUUGGUGUCUGGAAGAGCUGGUAAAGAUGAAAGAAUGCAUGGAUGCGGAGAAACUCGUGAUCAUUCCCAUCUUCUACAUCGUGACUCCAUACACCAUUAAAAAGCAGAUGGGAGACUUUGGUGACAAGUUUAGAGUGCUGGUGGAUUAUGUUGAUGAUGUGACGGAGAAAAAAUGGACUGAUGCUUUGAAGUCUGUUCCCUUAAUUUUAGGCAUCACUUACGACGGGCAGAGCGAAGAACAACUUUUAAUCAAUCAAAUCGUUGGGGAGGUUCAGAGAGUAAUAAAGAUAAUUUCACAAGGAGAAGGAGAUGAAAAAAAUAAAAUGGUGUGCACAAAUACCUCUACAGGUUCAAGCUUUAUCCCACAAAAUAGAAACAUGGUAGAUCCUGAAAAUCAAAUUGAGCUCGUUGGACUCAGCCAACGCCUCAAGGAACUAAAAGAAAAGUUGGACCUUAGCCGCAAGGAAACUCGCAUUGUUGGGGUUUUAGGGAUGCCCGGAAUCGGCAAGACCACACUGGUGAAGAGAUUGUAUGAUGAGUGGAAACACAAUUUCCAGCGUCACUUGCAUAUGGUGAAUAUCCGUCAGAAGUCGAAGGAAUACGGGACGCAUUCCCUAGAGAGAAUGAUUCUGAAAGAGUUGCUUAGCGACACUUACAAUGAUAUAACUGAAGAGAUGACGUACGCUUCUGUAAAGGAUGAGCUGCUGAAGAAGAAAGUUCUUCUUGUUCUCGAUGACGUGAGUAGCAAGAAACAAAUACAAGGUCUUCUCGGGAAUCUUAACUGGAUUAGGAAAGGAAGCAGGAUUGUUAUUACUACGCGUGACAAGAUAUCCAUAAGCCAGUUCGAGUAUACUUAUGUUGUCCCAAGAUUGAAUAUCACAGAUGGCUUAAAGCAAUUCAGCUUUUAUGCCUUUGAAGAUCACAACUGUCCAUACCCGGGGAAUCUCAUGGAUCUUUCCACAAAGUUCGUAGAUUAUGCCAGAGGCAAUCCCUUAGCUCUCAAGAUAUUGGGUCGGGAGCUUCUUUCGAUAGACAAGGAUCAGUGGCCAAAGAGACUCGAUACUCUGGCACAACUUCCCAUCCCGUAUAUACAGGAUCUAUUGAGAGCAAGUUAUGAUGAUCUGAGCAAUCAACAGAAAGAAGUUUUUCUUGUCGUAGCCUGGUUCUUUGGAUCAGGGGAUGAAUAUUACAUUAGGAGUUUAGUGGAUACAGAAGAUCCUGAUUCUGCCGAUGAUGCUGCUAGCGAAGUAAGAGAUUUCGCAGGCAACUUACUAAUUAGCAUCUCAAGUGGUCGAUUGGAGAUGCAUGAUUUAAUGGCUACGUUCGCCAAAAAACUUUGUUCAUCCUUAUCUAAUGAAAAUAACUAUGGAUACCAAAUGAUUUGGAAUCAUGAAAGCUUUAAUGCUGCGGCUAAAAAUAAAAGGAUGAGAUAUGUCAAUCAACCAAGGAAAAAAGUCACAGAAUCGGAAAUGGACAAUGUCAUGGGUAUAUUGCUGGACGUGUCUGAAAUGGAUAAUAACAUGACCUUAGAUUCUAAAUUCUUCAGCGAGAUGUGCAAUCUACGGUACCUCAAAGUCUACAAUUCACAAUGCUCUCGAGAUUGUGAUGUUGGUUGCAAACUGACCUUCCCAGAUGGACUUAAAUGCUCAAUGGAAAAUGUCCGAUAUCUCUAUUGGCUACAAUUCCCAUUGAAGAAGCUUUCAAAAGCAUUUAACCCUAAGAAUCUUAUCGAGCUCAACCUCCCUUACAGCAAAAUUACACGACUUUGGAAGGAAAGUAAGGAAAUAUCCAAACUAAAAUGGGUCGAUCUCAGCCACUCGAGUGAGCUAUGCGAUAUAUCAGGGUUAAUAGGAGCUCAUAAUAUUAGAAGAUUGAAUCUUGAAGGCUGCAUAGAAUUGAAAACAUUACCACAAGAGAUGCAAGAAAUGGAAAGUCUGAUUUAUCUAAACCUGGGAGGAUGCACGCGUCUUGUGUCUCUUCCAGAGUUUAAGUUGAAAUCCCUAAAGACUCUCAUCUUAAGUCACUGCAAGAACUUUGAACAAUUUCCGGUUAUUUCAGAAUGUUUAGAAGCUCUUUACUUGCAAGGCACGGCAAUAAAGUGUAUUCCUACCUCCAUUGAGAACCUUCAGAAACUAAUCCUAUUGGAUCUAAAAGACUGCGAAGUAUUGGUAAGUCUUCCUGAUUGUCUUGGAAAUCUAAGAUCUCUUCAAGAGCUAAUACUCUCUGGCUGCUCAAAGUUAAAGUUUUUUCCAGAGUUGAAGGAGACCAUGAAAUCAAUAAAGAUUUUGCUGCUUGAUGGAACAGCCAUUAAGCAGAUGCCAAUAUUAUUGCAGUGUAUUCAGUCACAAGGCCACUCUGUUGCAAAUAAGACGCUUCCAAACAGUUUAAGUGAUUACUACCUACCUUCCUCAUUGUUGUCUUUAUGCUUAAGUGGAAAUGAUAUCGAGAGCUUGCAUGCUAACAUCAGCCAGCUUUAUCAUCUGAAAUGGCUUGACUUGAAGAAUUGCAAGAAGCUUAAAUCUGUGUCGGUGCUUCCACCAAACCUCAAGUGCUUAGAUGCACAUGGUUGUGACUCACUGGAAGAAGUUGGAAGCCCUCUAGCGGUUCUCAUGGUGACAGGAAAAAUCCAUUGCACAUACAUUUUCACAAACUGCAACAAAUUGGAUCAAGUUGCAGAAAGUAACAUCAUAUCUUUCACUUGGAGGAAAAGCCAGAUGAUGUCAGAUGCUCUGAAUCGCUACAAUGGGGGAUUUGUUUUGGAAUCUUUGGUCAGCACUUGCUUUCCUGGAUGUGAAGUACCUGCAUCAUUCGAUCACCAAGCCUAUGGAGCAUUGUUACAGACGAAAUUACCUCGGCACUGGUGUGAUAGUAGGCUUACUGGGAUAGCUUUAUGCGCUGUUAUAUUGUUUCCGGACUACCAACAUCAAAGCAAUCGUUUCUUGGUGAAAUGCACUUGUGAGUUCGGAACUGAAGAUGGGCCAUGUAUCAGCUUUAGUUCCAUUGUUGGAGGUUGGAGCGAACCAGGCUAUGAGCCACGACUAUUAAGUCUGAUCAUGUUUUUAUUGGCUAUACAAGUUGGCUAGACAUUAACAAACGUCACGUGGAAAAGCAUGGGAAUGGAUGUAUUCCUUCUAAGGCUUCACUCAGAUUUCAAGUCACAGAUGGUGCGAGUGAGGUAGGAAAUUGCCAUGUCCUGAAAUGUGGCUUUACUUUAGUGUAUACACCAAACGAUAGUGAUGAUAUCUCUCCGGCGAGAGUAGUUGAUAUCACUACACGGGAUAAGGAGGAUGGCCUAGAAAAUGCAACUUCUAACAAACUUUCAAGAAACGAUUAUGAAUUCUCGCAUCAGUCAAACUGUGGAGUGACUUCGAGAAGGGAUGAAUGUUUCCUUUCUGAAGAGCUUCCAUAAGCAAAUGAAUCAGACGUCUUUUAUCUUUGUUUCCACUUUGUUUUCCUUUCUUUCCUUAGCUUUCUUCCCGUUUGUCGAAGUAAGGAACACAUAAAUGAACUCGAAUCUCUCUAUCAAACAUGUAUUGUGUCUCCCACAAGUCAUCUUAAUUACGGGUCAGUCCUUAUGUAACUAAAGAAAUAGUAACAAUAGGGCACGAGUGGCUUUUAUUUUUAUAAUGAAUGUUAAAUUUUAUUCAUCAA